AACGGUAUCUUGCGCUCGAUGGCCAGCUCGAGCGCGGUCGCAGCGUACAUCGCGGCCACAGAGGUCCAAGACGAGGUGAAGCGCUUCUUCUCUAAGCUCUUUGCGUCCACGCAGCUACCGCCCAACCCAUACCCGAUGCUCCUCGACCACUUUCGUCGCCUCGAGCCGUCGCCAGCCAUCAUGUCGACGCAGGAAGGACCGACGACGCAUGUGCCAACGACCUCGAGCAGCCUUUCCUUCGCAUCACCGGCGUCCAGCGGACAGUUUAUCGCUCGUGCACACAUGGCCGCGCGCCUCGAUGUCGAAGCGCUCGGGCGCAUCUACGCCGCGCUCAACGCGUCGCGCCUCGUCACACUGUACAAGACGACGACGACCGACGACGCCUACACGACGACUCUCUUUGUCGUGCUCGUCGGCCGCUCGGUCUUUGCGGGGCCGCUGCCGACCAUGCGCGCGCCACUCGAGCUGCAGCAGCACAUCGUCGUCCAAGGCGAAAAACUCGAGAAGGUCAUCGCGAUCUUUGUGGCCUGUCUCGCCAAAGACGUGGCAAUGACCACCGCCGAGAACGCUCUCACACGCGGUGUCGUCGUCACGAUCCCUGCGUACAAGUCGUCGGACCGGGCCACCGAGAAGGCCUGGACCCACGAGAGGGUGAGCGCGUCGCGCAGCGCCUUUCGGAGCGCUGUCAAGGCCGCUGUCAUCGCCAAAGCGCGCAUCUACAUGUGCGUUUACGCGCCGCCGACCGAGAACGAGCACUGCAUCUGGCGCAUCACCAAGGAGUACAUUCUGCACCAUGACGCGACCACCACCGUCCACUCCUUUUGUGACGAUGCGAGCCUCGUGCUCGCAAAAGGCGUCUUCUUCGACCCGGACGCGCUGCGCUUGUACGUGGCACGGCUCUGUACUGCGUGUCCCGAGCGCCUGCAACCAGAUCGCAUUUUACAAGCCUACGCCUCCCAUGAUGUCUUCGAGUGCUUUCAGGAGCUCUUGCUGCAUGUGCUGCGGACGCCAGAGGCGCCGCCCCCACCUCUCCUCGAGAGCAUUCUCGCGGUCACGAGCCAGCCGCUGCUGGUAACGCUCUCUCACAUCGCCGAGUCGGUGCGACGCAUCUUGGAGGUUCUGGACCUGACCAACGACGUACAGCUCGUUGCUCCGAUGCUACGUGAGAUUGCUGUGGACGGUCUCGCAGGAGCCGAGAGCUCCUUCUUGCCGCCGCUGCAGUCGUUUCUCACAGAGCACGUACUGCCGACCGUCGUUCAUCUGCCCGACGUGCAUGAUGGAGAGUACGGAAGUGCGUAUCCGCGCUGGCACAGCAGCUUGUACACCCUCCUCGGGCUCGUCGACGGCGUUGUGGCGAGCUUGGCGCGAGACAUUGCGCUGUCGGAACGUGGUGUCGCCGCGCUGGACCAUUUGAAGAUGCUGCAUACAUCAAGUCUGCCUGCGGCCACUGAAAAGGCGGCGACGACGUCAUUUUUUGGGAUAAAAAAGAAAAAGGCUGCGAGCGCGCCGGCCCCGCGCACACCGGGUCCACCAUUCGCAUCGCCCAUCGACGCGCUGUGCGUCGACGUUGUCGCCGAGAGCGAGAUCGCGCUCGGGCAAGGGCGCUACCCGCGGGCCAUCGCGACACCCGUCACGCAGCUGCAAUACGUGGUCGACACGCGAUUGGACGCAGCGCUGGAGACCGCACUUGUGCCCAUCAUGUACGAGCAAGCGUUGGCGCCAAGAAGAAUCUAUCCAACGCUCGUCCAGCGUCUUGGCGCCAAAGGCGCGUUCUUUGUUUUGUUCCAAGCUACAGGCCCCGAGCUGCCCACGGCCAUGCCUCUGUUCCGCCCUGCGUCACAGCUAUCGACUGACAACCCAAUGGCAGUGCAGUAUAUCGACGACCCGGCGCCGAUGGCAGGCACUCGCCACGCGCUGGCACUGGCGCCGGCACUCGUCGCCGCCACGUGGGCGUGGCUCGCGACGGCGCCGUCGUUUCUCGGUGUGGAGGACACGGUCCCGUCGACACUUUUUUCUCUAAGUUCGAGAGCUGCGCUACAGGCCGACGCGACGUGGCUGUGGUCGCACGGACACGUGGUCGCGUUCAUGGAGCACAUUGUGGUCGAGACCGUCGAGCGCAGCACCGCAGCGUCGACCAAAGCCAUCGAACGCUUUAGCGACGCGGUGCUGCAGGACGUCUUGCGCCUCGUGGCGCGUUCUGAUGUCCUCGUUGUCGCUCUGGCCAUUGGCGACAACAAGGUCCUCGGGCCCAAGGACCUUCAGAGCCAGCGCGAUCUCACGCGGCACUGGAUCGAAAAAGCGGUGCGCGCGCUCGACCGCAUCGCGCUCUCGCUCCUCGUCGACGCGCGCGUUGUCAGCAAAGCAUACCUCUUGCACGUGGCCGAAGCGUCGGCAUCGCUGCAAGCCUACACGACGCAGCCGCUGGGAUUGUCGCAGGUCUUCACCACCGUGGCGGGUGCUCACCAAGUGCUCGGAUCGACCCUUCGAAGGUCCGAGCCAUCGACUGCACCGAGCCGCCUCGAGACGUGGACCGCCAUGUACGCUGCAAGUGUCGAGACGGCACCUGUGAUGGCCGAUUGCAUCCGUCGAUGUCUCUGCUCGUCGGUGGUGACGCUUGCGACCGCGGUGCGCCGGCUCGAGGCGCUCCUUGCUAUCGCAGUCUACCGCACGGGCGACGCCUUGCUGCACUUGCGCCAAUACUCAAGUGCAUGGCUCAAUGAGGAUGUCGCCUCGGUCCUUCGCGCGCCUUACCUCGCUGCGUACGUGCAGCCGUGGGCCUCCGCGUACGAUGGCCUCGUCACGGCGCUGCAAGCCAACGAGAUGCAUGACGACGUCGUGUCACGACUGCAGAGGCUGCGCGGCGUGCUCUUGUUUGUGUCGCUGCAGUGGCAGAGUGCGGUGGACGGUGCGAUCGCCGAGGCGACCGCGCGCAGCGCAUCCAACGCGAAAUGUGCCAGUGGGUAGCGCCGGUAUCUAUCAAUCAAUCAAUCAAUCUAUCUAUCUAUCUAUCUA